AAAAGCUUUUGUUCCAUCCACAACCAUUUGACCAUCUGUACUGUAAAUUGGACAUCGAAAUGGUAUGUAUUCAAAAGUUUUGGCUUCUUACGGUUUCUUAGUGUGUUCGGAACGUUUGAGGGAAAAUUGUUUUUCUUAACGUCCAUUGUGUAUCAAAAUCACAGUUUACUUCUUGGUGGGAGCAAAGUUUGUGCAUGACCGUUACCUAUUUUUAGCCGAGUCAAACGAUUUAUAAAAAAACUCAACAGAAUUAUGGUAACUUUGUAGAGUACCCAGUCAUCAAUACUAACUUUGAAGUUGAUCACUCACAGUUUUUAGAUAGCUUCUUACUUAUCCGUUUCUACUCUGCUUAACUUACUUUGGUUGCAAACUUUUUCUUCGUGAUGUUUGCACGGCUACGUAAUUGUGAACGUGUAAUAUCUGAUACGUACGUCACCAGUAAAAAAAUACACACAGGAAACACGAUUUGCAAGAACACUCGUGCUGGGGUGGUACGUCGAACUAGAGAUCAAUCCCACCCCCUCACCUACGAGCAGGCAAAAAAGCCACAUCAAAUCGGUAUAAUGAAGUCUUGGAAUUCUUGGAAUACUUCAAAUUUGGAAGGAGAAGACCGUUACACUUCAGAAGUUACCCUUCAUGACCAGUUCAUUCGAACAUUUAUUAAUGGAACUUUUCCUUUGUUGGUUCAAAGUGAAGUUAUUAUCAAACGACAAUGUAACGUAAUACGUGUAGCUUUUUUACUAUUAAAGCGAAUAUCUCCAGGAGAAGCCAGUUUCCUCAUUGGUUACACAGAAGAAAUGCUUUCGCUUAUACUUCGAUGUGUUGUGAAACUAGAAGUACAAUUGGUGAUAUCCAAAAAUGAUGUUAUAUUUCGAUAUAUUUAAUCAUUGAACUGAAUUAUUAUUUAUUAUAUUGUAUUCAUAAAAGUGAUAUAUAUUGUACAGUGUAUCAUUAUUAUAGCCUUUAAUAUACUGCCUAUUUAGUUAUAGUCAUUCUCGUUAAAUUUCGACCAAUCCAAUAGUUUUCUGAUAAUUUUAAGGGUGAUUCUCUCCCAUAAUUUGAUAUCAGUGUUUAAAACAAAUUCAUAAAACUAUUCAGAAUGUUCGAUAGGAUUGCUUUGUUCUGUCCUACUAAUUUUCAGUAUCAGAUAUUCACGAAUACUAAUGUUGUUACUUCUGAAUUUAAGCUAGCUUUAAUCUCGAUUGAGUUUACAAUAUCCUUCAUGUUUUUGCUUCUGAAAAUACUGAGCUCAGAAAGGAAAUUUUGUUUGAUUUUCAAGAAUGAUUGAUCAGCAAGCAUAAAAUUGCUUACUGUAGUGGAUCUAUGUAGAUUACAACUCUGAACAUUACAUGCAGUCAAAACAGAGAAACAAGUAAACUUAAGACAGUCUAACCUAGCAAUAGUUUAGUCAUGCAUAUCCGUUUUGUUUCCCAAGUUUCUAACAUUUUUCAUAAACCAGUCCAUUUUUGUACAUAAAGAAUAUUUCUCAGAGAUACAUUUCAUUAAGUUAAAUCUGAGCUUAGUCAUAAUGCGAAAGUCAGACUAAUGACGUCCUCGUUUGUAUGUUUCUAAGACCACGAAACAGCCUUUCAAAAGCCAAUGCCUAUAUCCACUGAACACUAACUGAAAAUUCAUUUUCUACUUACAAAAUAGUACAGAUACACAUUUAAUGGGUUUGUAGCAUCAGCAGUAAAUUGUAUUCCAUUCUUCAACACUUUGUCAACCAAAUAUUUCAGCCAAUGUAAGUUUCAUAAAUAAUUUGGACAUUGAUAAGACAAAGAUUUGGUAGUCUAUGAUAUUUGCUUAGGAUGAAACCUUAAUAUCAUUUGGUGUUUUAUUAUAGUUAAAGGCAUUUAUUGCUGAAUUCAUUUAGUGUAUUAUCUGUUCACAUUCCUACACUAAUUUUAAGUUAUGAGUUUAUUCUUAAAUGUUAGUAAAUAUGUCACCAGUAGCAUACAUGGAGGAUUACAUAUACAUAAACACGAUUCAUUCAAACUUUCUGUAUUAGAUAAGUGAUAGUAAUAAACCUUUGACUUAACUUUCGCAUCGCCCCUAAUAAUUCACGCUUCUAUGUGAGAUCUAAGCAGCAGAUUUCAAACUGUCGACUCAACCACUACUCUAACCACCGGGUCAAUCCUUGGACGUUGUGUAUUUUCUUCAUCGGAAAACCAUGUAAGUUAUGUACACUGUUGAAUAAUACUACUUUAAGUAAGAGAAGGACAGAGAUCCAUGUCUUUCCUUACCAUUUUUAAAUAUAAUUCAUUGGUGCAUACAUAGUGCUCUAGGACUGGCUUGCGUCAACACUUGAACUAAGGAUCGGGAGUGAAGUAGUCUCAUCAACCCUAAUGGGUUGGUGUCUGACGAUGGUAAAUCAGUUGAUGAGGUUGUGAAUCUUCAUCGACUGAGGUGGUUGGGCCACGUGUUACGUAUACCUAAAUACCGAUUACCACGACGAGCAAUGCUGACUAGUGUUGGGGAUGGUUGGGAGAAAGUUAGGGGCGGCCAAACUAAAACAUGGCAUCAGUCCUUAAAGUGACUUCUAGUGUGAGUCAUGUUGGUAGAUGCAGACUACCUGAUUGGGGUCCGCGUGACUAUCGUAACCAAUGGUUGGAGACCUUGGGUAACAUGGCUCAGAAUCGAUCACAAUGGUGUCGGUGUAUACACUCUCUGUCUUCCCUUAAACCGUGAUAUUAAAAUUACUUCAUACCUUUCGUCCUAUGGACUAAUUCUUUCUUCCUGUACUAUAUCCUUAUAUGCAAUCUUUUAUAUAUUACCACCACUGAAU